CUCGCCACUUCUUUGCAAAUGAUGACGAGGAGGGGGAGGAGGGCGAAGGUAGAGAUGAAGAUAUUGAGUAUCUUCCUGACUUCCGCGAUUCAGCUUAUGAGGAGCUGGAACAGGAUGGGCACUACAACGGCUACGACGACGAGAACAUGUCUCGAUCUUCUUUACCACCCGUACAAAAUUCCAAAGGUAAAGGACGAGCCCUCGAUGAAGGCCCUGGUGUGGAAGCUCUUCAUGGGAUAUCUCAAAGGAUGGAAAAACAUCCUGAACUUUACACACCGAUGUACAUUUUUAGCGCGGGGGCUGCUGUUCGGCGUCGGAGUACAAGCACCGAGGAGGAUGACUCUGGAGCUUCGUAUGGUACAAGUGAGGAGGAGGUUGACGAGUUAGAUGAAGAGGAUGUCCAGAAGAGGGAAUAUUUCUAUCGGGGACGAGGACGAGCUCGUUCUGAUGAAGGAAGCGACAUCUAUUUAUCUGGUGAUGCUAGUUCUCCACCUUGGGAAGUGCUUGGUGGUGAACCUGGAGAUGCUGAAGACCAGGAUGAAGAGGAAGAGGAGGCGCAAGAGGAACAGGGGGUGGAAGAGGAAGAACAAGGGGAGGAUCAGGCAGAUCAGGAGGUCGAGGGCGAAGACGAGGAUGGGGAAGAGGAAGGUGGGGAGGGAUACGAAGGAGACGAAGACGAAGACGAAGACGACGGGUUGGAAGCAAGGACAGUGGAGUCGCCGAAAGCUGAGGAAGCUGAAACCGUUCCAGGUCGCGGCGCCUCAGAUCCUAUCAUAAUCGAUGACGACGAAGAGCCGAUGAUCGAGCGAGUACCAGCAGGCAGUCCUAUGUAUGUGGAGUUGCGUCAUACUUCUCAGAAUAGUGGAGAAGUCGAGGACUUGUCGCUCUUGCAUACUAUGGUUGCUGCACAAGAGGACCACCAACCUUUUUCUCCGGCCCAGUCGACUCCCCUUUUUGGGGAUUUUACUGAUUCCCAACCCAUGUCUGAACACGAGGACCAUCAAUCGCAGGAACACAACAAUGAUCUCAAUGGUGAAGGCGGAUUUGGACCUAAGACGUUGCAGAUGGAUGGAGACUGGCCAAACGAUUUGCAAGGAGCCAUUGGGAUCUUUCGUCAUGAAACGGAUUCUCAGCAUGUAUCACUUCCCGCAGAUCUUAUUGUGCCAUCUCUCCAUAGGGUAGCCGACGAGGGUAUUCCCGAUCCUCUUGCUAACGAUGCGACGGAACAUCCUGAGGUGCCUCCGAAGCCAGACUCAAACGCGCUGUCACCGGAGAUGUCUAUGUUUGUCGAAGCCUCUGGUGCCACGACUGAUGAUGCUAUAAUAGCAGCCACAUCGCCGCGCCCUCAACUCGUGCCUCUAACAGGCGCAAUCGCCGCCAUAGCGAAUGCAUCUGGGGACCGCCCGGACUCUCCGGAGGGCACUGUCGCUGGGGCCUCGAAGUCUGCGCUCGUUUUUUCUCCCCUCGUUGACUUCCCAACCCCCCUCUUUGCUGGCGAUGUAUAUGCUUCUGGGCCUGUGCUUCCCCUGGCUUUAUCGUAGAGGACUCGGAGCCACUCUCAACAUAUGAUCUAUUCCAACAGCAUCUGUCGUCCAGUAGUGAGCCUGAUAAUGAAGAAACUUGCAUUCAAAAACAACUCUCGGGCGAAGGAAUUCAGUUGGGGGAUGUAGUAGACUCGGGUGUUGAUGAUCAUCAUGCGGUGGGAGAAUCUUUGAUUGGGGACAUUUACCUCCCUCGAUCCCAACUUUCGGAUGGAGUCUCGUCUCCUGGAGC